AUGACAGAAGACAGUUCUACACAGGGGUCUGCGGACUCUAAAAUUGACCAUGCCGCCUCCAUCAACUAUUGGAAUAGUAGACCCAGCACCUCAAGUGAAAUGCUGGGCAUGCUAGGCACUUAUCCCUGGUAUACACGCAUUGAGCUACAGGGAUCCAAGACCUUCUUGACCAAAGUUCGUCGAUCAGUACCAGCGAUUCCCCAGAAAGGCAAAUUGAAGCUAGGCGUGGACUGCGGAGCCGGUGUUGGACGAGUGACCGAAGGCUUUUUAAGUCAAGUCUGUGAUGUCGUGGAUGCAGUUGAGCCAGUUCAAAAAUUCACAGAUGUUUUGGCUCAGAGCAAACUUAAAGAAGACGGUGUUGUGGGGGAUAUCUACACUGUCGGUCUUGAGAACUGGUAUCCACAGAAGAAAUACGACUUGAUCUGGAUUCAGUGGUGUAUUGGACAUCUGACCGAUGCACAAUUUCAUGAGUUCAUUCUGAGAUGUCGUGAUUCGUUGACAGAUACUGGAGUUAUGAUCUUGAAGGAGAAUUUGUCCACCGAUUCCGGUAAUCAAGAUAUGUACGAUGAUGAGGAUAGCAGUGUUACAAGAACAGAUGAUAAGUUCAAGCAGCUGUUUGCUGCUGCUGGAAUGAAUGUUAUCAAGUCUGAGAUUCAAACUGGAUUCCCGAAGCAAUUCAAGCUUCUUCCAGUGAAGUCUUAUGCUUUGCGACUUCAGACUAAAGUCUGA